AUGAGUUACACAGCAGGCCUUCUGUCAUAUUCCUAUCCCUCCUUGAUAUCAAAUAAUCUCUCCACACCACUCGAAUUCUAUGAACCAUCGUUGCCGUAUCAAUUUUUAUCAAAUAACAAUACAAAUGUAAUAUCAAGUCAAGAUUUAUUUCAUAAACCUAUCGGUGGCUAUCAGCCGUAUAGAAUGACAGAUUAUGCGGGAGUAUCAAGUCCAUUGGACAUAUAUCAUUCGCCAAAUUCUAAUUCAACAAAAAUUAAUCAAAGCUCAUUUAGUCCACUAAAUGAUAUCUCAGAGUAUUCGGAAAGUUUAGCAACGGCCUCGAAUACAGCAUCAAGUGUUGCUCGUUCUAUUGUCAAUGAUCCUUUAAUGUUGAGAACAACAUAUCAACAUCCUAAUCGUGCCAAGCUCGAACCAUAUCUCGGCUCUGUCUGGGAACAUACACAAGAUCAUGUAAAUGUAAAAAAAACAGGAGUUGAACCACAUGCCUCCACAAACAUGCGUAAUCCUCAAAAACGUGCAACAGAAAAGAACUUAUCGAAUGUAAAAGCAAAGAUGAAUAAAAAACCAUUUGAAACGAAAGUUUCUCAUACUAUACAAGCAAACCAUGCUGAACCACAUCUGAUACACACGAAAGACUCAUUUAAUGCAACCCAAUUACCAGGAUCAUUGGGACUCCAGCAACAUAAAUCAAUAAAUCCGAAACACCAUCAACUCAAUCGAAAUCAAACUAUUACAGAUCUACCAGAUAGUACAGAAACGGUUCAAGCAUGGCUCAGUGAAAGUCAACUGAAACACGGCAAAGAAAAUGAUGAAAAUGAAGAAGAUGUAAAGAAAAAUGAUUCAUCAUCUCCACAAGACCUAGAUGAUACUCUCAAAAAUGAUAAUGAUAGUUACACAAAACAAGUUAACAAAGCAAAUAUGAUAAACAGCAAAAUCGGUGAUGAACAUACAAGUCAUGACGCUGAACAUGUUUGGUCUGUUAAAACUGAUCAAUUGCAUACAAUGUAUACGAAUCGCGAGAAAAAUAAACCAAAAUCAAUAAAUAGACAAUCGGUACCACUGCCACGAAAAAUAAGUACCAAUCAUGCAACUAAGUCAGAUCAUACCAGUCAUACUGUACGAGAUAAUGCUGUUUCAUUCAAUAUGAAAAAUGACUCAUAUUUUGAUUCAUUGUUUGAUGGUGUGUUUUUUCGUAAAGAUCUACCAUUCAAUCGAAAUAGAUUAGUACAACCACUUUCAACGUCAUUGAAUAAGCCAACUAUAUCAAAAAGUGUUCUGAAACAAACCAGUCAAAAACAAUUAAAGCCAACAAAAUAUGAACCACCGUCAUCCAAACGAAUCAAUAAUACCUUAAUUACAACAUCAUCAUGGAGAAAACAGGUUUGUAAAAUACAUCUCUACCACGUUUUGCCGAAUUCUCUGUUACCAUUUUAUAUGCAAAAUGAAGUUAUUUAUCGAGACUAUUUAAACAAAGAUACGGACGAAAGAUAUCGCGAAGCUUUACAAGCACUUAGAGCAGAGAAAAAGAAAGAACAAAGCCAAGUAAAUGAAACUGCUACAAAGCGAAUGAAUUAUGGUAAUUAUGUUCGAAAUUCGACAAAAGAUGCUCUUUUAAAUAAUGCAGUUACUCCUCGCCAUUGGACAGACUUUAUGGAUGUUAAAAAAGGCAAUGUUUAUGAAUUAAGCAAGGAAGAAAAGAAAGAACUAUAUCAACAAUCUAAAUCUUACGGUGAAAGAAUUCGAAACCGUAAUUUUGCCAUUCAUUAUGCUGAAGAAGCAUCAAGAUUAUACCCAUCAACAUUUCGGCCAUCGAUUCAAGUAAACAACAACGAAAUACAGAAUAUUCUCGAAUCUGAACUUCCACAACGUCAACGAUCAAAACCACGACCAUCCCAUCCAGAUACAUUCAGUCGCACAUCACGCAUAUUAAAACGUCCAAAUUCCGUAUCAACAACAAAAACUAGUCGAACAAUUAAAACAUUAACGUUUGAAAACAUUGUAAAAAACAAAUCAAAACAAAAACAAUUGAAAUCAAACCGCAGUAGUCUAACAUCGUAUUCAAGAAAUCAUUUAUCGGAUCAGUCCAUGCUACAUCCAUCUGACGAAGAAAAUGAGGGAAUGUCUAAUUUUUAUAGUAAUAAACAAUUUUUUAGAAAAAAAUUAUAUACGCACGGCAGUAAACGAAAUACACACGCAAAUUCUAAUCUAAGUCAAAUGAAAAGUACAAAAGCAUCGGAAGAAGAAUAUCGAAAAAUGAGACAAUCGUGUUAUUCAUACUCAAAAAGAAGGCGAUGA